GAGUUUGACAUCAAAGACCAAACGUCUUUCAUGUUUUUGCCACGACGUGAACAUUAGACAACAUUAGUGAGCGUCAGUGGACACAAGAGGACGACGAGAACGAGGACGACAGUGUGUUAGAGACGCUUUUUUAACAACUUUUGUCAUGUGACCUGGAGAAAUGGGACUGAGAACUUUAAAGCUGUGAUUGAGUCAAACUGUAGAGGGCGGUAUAAUUCACCUCAGCACUCAUUCUGACCAUUCUGCUGGAAAUUAGUCAAAGAAGAAGAAGACGCGGAAAGGAGCGACGGUAAAUCAAUCAACCGGCUGUAAAGAGGCAGCAGAGAUCUUUUCUACAUUUUUCCAGUUGACCAAAGAAAUGGUGAUGGAGAAGCCGAGUGCGCAGCUGGUCGGGCUAGAGUUUGUCCGACAGUAUUACACACUCCUGAACCAGGCUCCUGACUACCUGCACAGGUUUUAUGUGCAGAACUCCUCGUACGUGCACGGCGGCCUGGACAGCAACGGCAAACCGGUCGACGCCGUUUACGGACAAUCUGAGAUCCAUAAGAGGGUGAUGGCUCUGAGUUUCCGCGACUGUCACGCAAAGAUCCGACACGUGGACGCUCACGCCACCCUGAGCGAGGGCGUGGUGGUGCAGGUGAUGGGCGAGCUGUCCAACAACAUGCAGCCCAUGAGGAAGUUCAUGCAGACGUUUGUUCUGGCGCCCGAGCACGGCAGUGACGAGAACAAGUUCUACGUCCACAACGACGUGUUUCGUUACCAAGACGAGGUGUUCGGCGACUCUGACUCUGAGCCUCCAGAAGAGUCUGAAGAUGAGGUGGAGGAGAUCGAGGAGAGCGCUCCCUCUGCUCCCUUCUACGACCCGACAGCUCGCUCAGAGCCGGCUGUUCCUGAUGACGAGGAGGAAGCGGCAGAACCUGAGGCGGCAGAGGAGGUCCAGGCUGUGGCUGUGGAGCUGGAGAUGCAAACAGCCGGCGACCAGACUGAGAAAAGCUCCGCCUCCGUCCCAUUGACCAGGAAAGCUGCCUCUGUGCCCGCUGAACCCGCUCCAGAACAAAACAGGCCAGUCUCCUGGGCAACAGUCGCCAGUAAAAAUCUCCCUCCCAAAGGGGCUGGCUCAGUCUCGAGAAUCCCCCCACUUGUUGUCAAAUCCUCUCCCACAGCACUGCCGCGGGCAGAAGUGAAGCCAGAGUCUCAGACGGCCACACAGAGACCACAGAGAGACCAGCGGCCGAGGGAACAGAGGCCUGGAGGAGGUCCUCCAUCGGUGCACAGAGGACCCAGACCAGUGCGUGAAGGUGAGCAUGGCGAGCCUGAGGGUCGCCGGGUGGUCAGGUAUCCUGACACCCACCAGCUGUUUGUGGGCAACGUUCCGCACGAUUUGGACAAGAGCGAACUAAGGGAGUUUUUUGAACAGUUUGGUACAGUCCUGGAGCUGAGGAUCAACAACGGAGGAAAACUACCAAACUUUGCCUUUGUGGUUUUUGACAACUCUGAACCGGUUCAGAAAAUCCUCAGCAACCGGCCCAUCAAGUUCAGAGGCAACAUCCGACUUAACGUGGAGGAGAAGAAGACUCAUUUAGUCAGGGACGGUGACCAGCGGGACACAAGGUAUCGGGGUUCAGGUGGUCCCAGCGGUGAUGGUCGUGGAGGACUGACUACCCGAGCAGUGCGAGAAGGUGAGCAGGGCGAGGCCGAGGGUCGCAGGGGGGUCAGGUAUCCCGACGCUCACCAGCUGUUUGUGGGCAACGUCCCGCACGACGUCGAGAAGAACGAACUCAGGGAGUUCUUUGAACAGUUUGGUACGGUCCUUGAGCUGAGGAUCAACAGUGGAGGAAAACUGCCAAACUUUGGUUUUGUGGUGUUUGACGACUCUGAAACUGUCGAGGAAAUCCUCAACAACAGGCCCAUCAGGUUCAGAGGCAACAUCCGACUUAACGUGGAGGAGAAGAAGACCCACUUGCCCAGAGAGGGCGAACGGCGUGACGCGAGGCCCCGGGGUCCUGGAAGCCCCAGCAGCCCCAAGGAGCGAAUAGGAGGGGGCGGAGCCAAACCCAGCUUUAGCUCCAGUGAUGGCCGCUACUCUGCCCAGCGUCAGUGAGACACUCUGGGUUUAGAUUAUACCGUUUAAAUUGAUAAUUUGGUCCAAAAACCCUUUAAUUGGGAGCAGAAUUAGUAGGAAUUGUUGAUUUUAAGUUGGAGCCGUCAAUAGACUCACUUCCUGCUUGUUCUUGGUUUUAAAAAGUGUAUGAAAAUUAGGUUUUAAAUUAUGUAGCUUCAUUCUCUGCACUGAGACAGUGGGGGCGUGGCCUCUACAGUCAUUGCUAACACACUUGCACUAUUCUGGUCUACCUGCCCAAGUGGAGACCGCGACGUCACGGUUCGUCAGUGUUUGUACAAAAUAUUAAUGUUUAAACGCUCAAUUACAUGUAAAGAAGCAAUAUUUUCAGCAUUUUUUUGGCAGUUUAACGACAUAUUGUAUAUAAAGAGAAAGGUGGUUUAGUUACAGUCCUGCUCUCUGUCUCCCUCUGUCUGUAUCAGUGGUAGUGCAGCCUCUUUCUGUUUUCCUCUACUUCAUUUCCCCAUAUCUAUUUCCUAUCUAUUUUUAGCCAGCGAGGACACAGGAGCUGCUGGUCUACUGCUGCCUCGUGUGGUCAGUUUGUGUAAAUCUUUUUAAAACACUGAAGUCGACACGUGAACUUACUGAUGGAGGCAGCAGUGUUCUUAACACUUUCUGUGUCCUGUGACGUAAAAUCAAUCAUGGUGUAACUUCAGUUUCCGUCACACUAACACUAGUUUUUAUCAUGUUGUGUUUCAGUUGUGGGUACAAUGUUGUUACUUGUGUCAUUGUUACCAUUUUGUUCUAAUAUCAGCAAGUAAAAAUCUUUAUUUCUACAAAUAUGGUGAAUGAUAUUUUUGUACAGUUUCACUCAGUAAACCUCAAUGGAUUCUGGUUU